AUGAUCUCCCAGCUCAGCACCCCGAGCAGUCGAAUCCUUCUCGAUGUGCCAUGUCGCGUAUGUCAGGACCAUUCGUCGGGAAAACACUACGGAAUAUUUUCGUGUGACGGGUGCGCAGGAUUCUUUAAGCGUUCGAUUCGCCGCCAUCGUCAGUAUGUUUGCAAGAAUAAAGGAGGAUUCGACGAAGGUCGUUGCAUUGUCGACAAAACGCACCGAAACCAGUGCAGAGCUUGCCGCCUUCGUAAAUGUCUCGAAAUCGGAAUGAACAAAGAUGCGGUUCAGCACGAACGCGGACCUCGCAAUUCGUCUCUUCGCCGCCACCAACAUUCAAAUUUCUUAUACGAGGCUGUGUCGUCUCCGAACUCGCCCGACGUGGGAUCGGAGAGUGAUCCAGGACCAGCAAAUUCUGACAGCGUCACUGAAACAGCAGCGCGAAUCUUCUUCGAGCUAUUCUCAUUCUGCCAGAACUCGCUCAGUCAUGGACCACUUCCAAAAGAUCGUUGUUUGACUCAGUUCCAACAGAACUGGCAUUCACUCUUCCUUAUAAAAUGCAACGAGAUGAAAUCGAUCACGGCUCGUCAGAUUCGCAGCGAAAAUAUCGCUGGUGUUCCAUCGAAACUCAAAAAUGAAGUGGCUGAUGCAUUCGAAGCAUUAGAAAAUCUCAGACUCGACCCAAGCGAGGCUUUUUACCUUAAAAUGUACAUUUUCUUCAAAGGAACUCAAUUGGCCGCUCAGUUCGGCUUGCAUCUUGCUACACUUCAACAUUUAUUGCACGGAAACGAUUCAACGAGAUUUGUCAAGUGCUUCGAAGCAGCGACAAAAAUCCCGCAAAGCAGCAUCAUUGAGGUAUUGUUUCGUUCGUCAAUCGGCAAUGCUUCUAUGGAAAUUCUCAUCUCCGACAUGUUUUGCUCACAAACCAGGCGAGCUCCAUCGUUGUUUCCAAUUCUUCCACUGAAUUUGAAGCGCGAGGAAGAAGAUGACGAGGAGGAAGAAAAUGGAAACGAGACAUCAUCGAAUGAGGACAAUUCGUUGAACAUGUUCAAACUGCCGGAGCCAUUCAAUAUGAGCAUGAACACUGAAAAAGUGCGGCACUCGAUUAAGUCGAUCGCCGAAUUGCUCUCGCUCAAAGAAGAUUCAUCGUCAUCGUGA